AUGGAAAAAAAAAAAAAAAAAGAAAUGACAAAGACGGAAAUGAUGGACGAACCCCCUAACAUCACUGUACCCACUAACCGCAACCUCCUUCGCGUUCUUGUGAGAGCAACGGAAAACUGCAGCGUACACGACACACCAUCUGCCUCGAUCCGAACCGACCACGACAGCGCUCGAGGGGACGUCGACGUUAAUCAGGAGGCCGAACUCGAACCUGAGGAAGAUAAUGCCGCCUCUGUUGAUUCAGCAGGGAGUGCAUUAGAACCCGGAGAGAUUCCAAACCAACCCAAUAACGUCGACACAGCACCAGCAACCACGCUGGAACCGCCUGCGCCUAUAAUAAAUUCUCAUGCUCAAAGCUCGUCAAACAACGAGGAAACGCGAAUUUUUAAUAACCAGUCUCCCCAAACAGUCCUGAAUCAGAGCACGAGCUUUGACCUCAAUCGAUCCUUGGCAGUAGCACCGGCGAGCAACUACCGACACAAAGUACCGCGCUAUCCCAACCUGCACUUCCGAUGGACAAAAUGUCACAAAUGUACCAAAAUCCAUGGGUUAUGCCACAUAUGUAACCAAAUCCACGCCGGUCCCGAUAUGCUCGGAAUAUGGUUCCCAGGCCUGGAAUCCAAUACAGGUCUACACAUCUUUAUUCCCAACAACCAAAAGGCAAAGAAGGAAAUUCAUUCUAUGCUUAUAGAAGACAAGUUUGUCGCCGACGACGCCCAGAGAGUACUAAUGGACACCAGCCCGUACCGGGCAAAGGCGAUUUACCCCGAGUUCGGAACCACAGUACACGGAGUGGAAAUCUGGAAGAAAACGGGCGGGCUGAAGUGCUACCUCAUCACGUCAAAAUUCUCGGAUCCUAUGGUGUCGGUCACUGAACUCCCAAACACGGCAUUCAUGGUUGGUACUGACGGUAAAGAUGCAAUUAUGUUGUACCCCAGAUACACCUUGAGGUUAGAAGGCAUUUCCAAUUACGACUACUUCGGACACGAAAUUAUAGCGGAAAACGAGCACUACGCCCGACACGGUUUUAUCAUCUGGGACCACGACACCUUCCACCCAGUCACAUCCCAUUCGACUUGCGGAUACCACAUCGACUGUAUGUUCACGAUCAGGUCCUCCCACGACAAUCAAGUACUGCGCACUAGACUCCGACCCCCCGACAGAAUAGACAAAGCAAUUAAACCCGUCAGAUGGCCACGCCCGCUUUCUCUAUGGAGGCUCCGAUGUCACGAUAUAUGUGGCAACCACCCUUUCCCUUACGACCUGAAUGCCAACAAACCACUUUAUCAGUGCAACACACAAAUGAUUGACUUGUGGAAACCAGGAAAAGAGCGGGGUCGGUGA